GUAAUAAGAAGGAUUAUUCCACUGCAAUUCUGGAACGCAAGAAGUCUCCUAAUCGUCUUGUUGUUGAUGAAGCUGUAACUGAUGAUAACUCUGUGGUUUCCAUGCACCCUAAUACAAUGGAAAAGCUUCAGUUUUUCCGUGGGGACACUGUUUUACUUAAGGGAAAGAAGCGAAGAGACACAGUCUGUAUUGUUCUUGCUGAUGAACAAUGUGAAGAACCAAAAAUCAGAAUGAACAAAGUUGUUCGAUCAAAUCUUAGAGUUCGUCUUGGAGAUGUUAUAUCCAUCCAUCAGUGCCCUGAUGUGAAGUAUGGGAAACGAGUUCAUAUCCUUCCGAUUGAUGAUACAAUUGAGGGUGUCAGUGGCAACUUGUUUGAUGUAUUUUUGAAGCCAUAUUUCUUGGAAUCUUACCGACCUGUUAGGAAGGGUGACCUUUUUCUAGUCAGGGGUGGAAUGAGAAGUGUUGAAUUCAAGGUUAUAGAGACAGACCCUGGUGAGUAUUGUGUUGUUGCACCAGAUACUGAAAUCUUCUGUGAGGGAGAUCCUAUCAAACGUGAAGAUGAGGAGCGAUUGAAUGAAGUGGGAUAUGAUGAUGUUGGUGGUGUUAGGAAGCAAAUGGCUCAGAUCCGGGAGCUAGUAGAACUUCCUCUUAGACACCCACAGCUCUUCAAAUCAAUUGGUGUGAAACCCCCAAAAGGUAUCUUGCUUUAUGGGCCACCUGGGUCUGGAAAAACUCUGAUUGCAAGAGCUAUAGCUAAUGAGACAGGUGCAUUCUUCUUUUUGAUUAAUGGACCUGAAAUAAUGUCAAAACUAGCUGGUGAGUCUGAAAGCAACUUGAGAAAGGCAUUUGAGGAAGCGGAAAAGAAUGCCCCGUCUAUUAUAUUUAUUGAUGAGAUAGAUUCAAUUGCCCCAAAGAGGGAAAAGACGAAUGGUGAAGUGGAGAGGCGUAUUGUUUCCCAACUCCUGACAUUAAUGGAUGGCCUCAAGUCCCGAGCACAUGUGAUUGUCAUGGGAGCUACCAAUAGGCCUAAUAGUAUUGAUCCUGCACUGAGGAGAUUUGGGAGAUUUGAUCGUGAAAUUGACAUUGGUGUACCAGAUGAGGUUGGAAGAUUGGAAGUUCUUAGAAUCCACACAAAGAAUAUGAAACUUGCAGAUGAUGUUGAUCUUGAAAGAGUUUCAAAAGAUACCCAUGGUUAUGUUGGUGCGGAUCUUGCUGCUCUUUGCACAGAGGCUGCUCUUCAGUGUAUUCGGGAGAAAAUGGAUGUCAUUGACUUAGAGGAUGAAACUAUUGAUGCUGAGGUGUUAAAUUCAAUGGCUGUGACUAAUGAACACUUCCAAUCUGCAUUGGGGACUUCAAAUCCGUCAGCACUACGUGAAACAGUUGUGGAGGUUCCUAAUGUUUCCUGGGAAGAUGUGGGAGGUUUGGACAACGUUAAAAGAGAGCUUCAGGAGACUGUCCAAUACCCAGUGGAGCAUCCUGAGAAGUUUGAGAAAUUUGGCAUGUCACCUUCUAAAGGUGUUCUCUUUUAUGGGCCUCCUGGCUGUGGUAAAACACUACUUGCAAAGGUAAUUGCCAAUGAAUGCCAGGCAGUUGCUUCUGCUGUAAAUGCUAAACCAAAUUCAUGUGGUACCCUUUCCACAGGUGCUGCUCCCAGUAAUCUUGAGAUUCAAGAAAGAAAUUCACCAAUGAUUAUGUCAAACUAUUGGAAAUAUCCUCCAAAUGGACCUUCUUUAGAAAUUGUUUGGAAGUGGGGAUUCAAUCAGAUGCAGUGGAUAUUAGUGCAGCAACUUGAACGUGAGAGGUAG